CAGUCGCUCCGACUCGGGAACCAGAGCAUCAGCAGCGGAGAUAGCAGGCAUUACUUCGCCCCACUAGGCUAACUCGCUUUGGGCUUUGGUUUUAGGAUGGAAACCUACUCGAUUUCUCGGAACCGACGAUGCUCCAUCGUGCGCAACUGCAAAACCGGCAUCUCCCUCUGGUUGGCGGUGUGGAUGCUCCUUGGCGAGCCAAGUCCGGCGUCAGGGUGCCCGCACUCGUGCGUGUGCUACCCGACCCCGAUGACCGUGAGCUGCCAGGCGCAAAACUUCACCACCGUCCCGGUUGGAGUGCCUUACGAGUCGCAGCGCGUUUUCCUCCAGAACAACCGGAUCACGGAGCUCAGAGUUGGCUCAUUUGGCUUCGGAACUCAGGUCCUGUGGUUGUUUUCCAACAACAUCACAUGGAUCGAGGCGGGCGCUUUCAGUGAGCUGAGGGACUUGGAGGAGUUGGACCUGGGGGACAACCCGAACCUUCACAGGCUGGAAGGAGGAGCCUUCCGCGGUCUGGAGAAGCUCCAGAGCCUCCACAUGCACCGCUGCAGACUCACCGCCCUGCCGCACGACAUUUUCCACAAGCUCUACAGCCUGCAUUAUCUCUACCUACAGGAAAACAAUCUUCACUUCCUGCAGGAUGACAUCUUUUCUGACCUGAUCAACCUGAGUCAACUUUUCCUACAUGGGAACCGCAUUCGCACCAUCUCAGAAAACGUCUUUCAUGGCCUGGUCAACCUCGACCGCUUGCUCCUGCACGACAACCGCAUCAGGCAGGUCAACCGCCGGGCCUUCCGAGACCUCGGCCGCCUGACCAUGCUAUUCCUCUUCAACAAUUCACUGCCUGAGCUGCCCAGUCAGACCCUGAGGGACACUCAAGGCAUCGAGUUCCUCCGCCUCAACUCCAACCCCUGGUCUUGUGGCUGCGAAGCCCGUGCCCUGUGGGAGUGGUUCCGCGAGGCCCGCGUCUCCUCAUCGGAGGUCAUCUGUGCAUCUCCCUCCACAAGGCGUGGUCAGGAUCUUCGCUUUCUUCGUGAAAUGGACUUCGCCCUGUGUCCCCUGCCCGAUCCUGGCUCCAUCGCCGGUUCGACCACGACCACCUUCAGUACAAAAACCAGGUGGUGGUUCCACAAAAACAAGCCCCAGUCGUCAACCAAAGGUGUCUUUGAAAAAGCAUCCGAGACCGUCAAGGCCGGUUUGUAUGGCAAAGGCCCAUCCACGACCACAUCGGUGGUCAAGUAUGAGCUGGGGGAGGAAGAACUGGCGCUGCCCAAACUUGAUCAGGAAGAGUACUGGGCAAACUACGGCAACGAGGACUCAGGUGUCACCCUGCGAUGCUUUGAGCUUGAAUGCCCACCUGAGUUCGACCUGCCUCCGUUUUCCUCCUCUACUUCACCCUCCUUUCCCUCAUUCCUCUUGCUACUAACCUUCUCCGUGUUUACAUUCAACCUCCACUGGCUAUUAGGCUGAAUCUGACCCCCGAUCCCCCCAUCCCCUUAACUUCCAGCCUGUUUUAAAGGCUGCGAAGAUCCCUGUUCGACUCUCUAUACCCUCUUGGCCCGCUCUGCUGUAUGCUCAUGCUCAGUGCACAGCGAUGGAAAUGGAGGCAUGGUACGGUUCUAAGUCUACCACCUACAGGGCUUUACAUUUUUCAGGUGCUGCUAGGUGAUCCUCAGAUCAGGUGGUCUGUGCCUCCAGCUUUGAGGGCCGAGUCCGUCAUGAACAUCGGCGAGGUUUCGACAGCAGUAAAUGAUGUCAUUACUUUAUCAACUCCACUGAGUCAAAACCAAUGGUGCAAUUAUUGCACCCUGGCUCGUAGUCAAUAACUACUGUUAGAGAACAGUGCGCAGUAACAACGGUAUCGUAACCACUUACAGUGUCAUGUAAAUACUAUGUAUGUUUGUCGUGGGUGUUGGAAUCGAUGUUGUUGUCCAGGUUCUCUCGAUGCAGGGAAAGUGUGAAUGUGAAAGGCUUACCAGGCAAAAGACGGAUCGCUUAUGCUGUGAAUGUGCUCAGGGAGUAAAAUGGAAUGUGACGAAGGCGAAGAGACGUGUGGCGAGGAGACACCCGCGAAGAGACCCAUCUAGCGAGGAACCGAAAUUGGAGAAGACAUGGGACAGUAAAAGCAGCCAGCAGCAGUCGGAAAGUCAAACACCCUCUGAUUAGCAGCUAUGUUCAUUUGUACUGGAAUGUUUUUGCAUUAGGGAAAGAAUUCUUCCUGUCAGGAAGCUUGAGAUUGGAUGUCUUUUUGUGACACAUUGAUAUCAUGUGAAAAGAUGAACGUAUUUAUAAAAAGAUAUGAUGAAUAUUUGCAUCAGGGUUUUCUUUGAAGAGACGCCUGGGAGUUUUCUUAUUCGUUCAUUGUAUUCUCAGGGCAUUGAAUCCAUCGCAACUGGACUGUUCGGGUUGUCUUAGACCAUCUCUGAGCCUUUCACCAGGCCUCAUGAAGUUGCUCAAAGUGUCCUAUCUGGUCUUUCACCAGACUUCAUCACUUCAUGCUCAAAGUGUCCUAUCCGGUCCAAUCGAGUCUUUACUUCAUGCUCAAAGAGCCCUGUCCGGUCCUAUCGAGUCUUUCAAUGGACUUCUUCACUUCAUGGUCAAAAAGUCCUAUCCGGUCCUAUCAAGUCUUUCACCAGACUCAAAGAGUCCUAUCCGGUCCUAUCGAGUCUUUCACCAGACUUCAUCAGUUCAAGCUCAAAGAGUCCUAUCGAGUCUUUCAACAGACUUCUUCACUUCAUGCUCAAAGAGUCCUAUCCGGUCCUAUCUAGUCUUUCACCAGACUUCAUCUAUGCAAACUCAAAAAGUCCUAUCUAGUCUUUCACCAGACUUCUUCACUUUAUGCUCAGAGUCCUAUCCGGUCCUAUCGAGUCUUUACUUCAUGCUCAAAGAGUCCUAUGCGGUCCUAUCGAGUCUUUCAACAGACUACAUCAGUGCAUGCUCAAAGAGUCCUAUCUAGUCUUUCGCCAGACUUCAUCAGUUCAUGCUCAAAGAGUCCUAUCUGGUCCUAUCGAGUCUUUCAACAGACUUCUUCACUUCAUGCUCAAAGAGUCCUAUCCGGUCUUUCACCAGACUUCAUCACCUCAUGCUCAAAGAGUCCUAUCUAGUCUUUCACCCGACUUCUUCACUUCAUGCUCAAAGAGUUCUAUCCGGUCCUAUUGAGUCUUUACUUCAUGCUCAAAGAGUCCUAUCCGGUCCUAUCGAGUCUUUCACCAGACUUCAUCACUUCAUGCUCAAAGAGUCCUGUCCGGUCCUAUCAAGUCUUUCAACAGACUUCUUCACUUCAUGCUCAAAGAGUCCUAUCUAGUCUUUCACCAGACUUCUUCACUUCAUGCUCAGAGUCCUAUCCGGUCCUAUUGAGUCUUUCACCAGACUUCUUCACUUCAUGCUCAGAGUCCUAUCCGGUCCUAUCGAGUCUUUCACCAGACUUCAUCAGUGCCAGAUCAAAGAGUCUUAUCUAGUCUUUCACCAGACUUCUUCACUUCAUGCUCAAAGAGUCCUAUCCGGUCCUAUCGAGUCUUUACUUCAUGCUCAAAGAGUCCUAUCGAGUCUUUCACCAGACUUCAUCACUUCAUGCUCAAAGAGUCCUAUCCAGUUCUAUCAAGUCUUUCACCAGACUUCAUCAGUGCAAGCUCAAAGAGUCCUAUCUAGUUUUUCACCAGACUUCAGCACUUCAUGCUAAAAGAGUCCUGUCCGGUCCUAUCAAGUCUUUCAACAGACUUCUUCACUUCAUGCUCAAAGAGUCCUAUCCGGUCCUAUCAAGCUUUUCAACAGACUUCUUCACUUCACGCUCAAAGAGUCCUAUCCGGUCCUAUCUAGUCUUGGAGCAUGAACUCAACAAGCCUGCUCAAAUGAGAGACCAAACGUCUUUCAAGACAACCCAAGCAGUCCGAUUGGUUCGUUCCAAUACUUUGAAUAUAUGCUAAUCAUCGAAGGUGCUCAGCAUCCUACUUUUUGUGACACAAAGUAGCAGAUUGUUGCCGUGUGACUAAAUGUGACUAAAACGCGCAGCAAAAGGUCGGACCACUCAUUCGGACGGAAUUAGGCUGGCCCGUCGGGGGUCUGGCUGUGAAGGGCAUCUGUCGUGGUGUGGAUAAAUAAGCUUGAAUGGAUUCACAAGCUGGCAGCGCUGCAAAAGGCAAUUACGUCAGUCGCUUUUUCACUCCAGUGAUUCAUCUAUCGGAGAUGCCAGAUGGAGCGAAGAAGCGACAAUUGGCAAUGGGUGUCUUCAUGAGGACAUCUUGAUGAAGACAGACAAAAGGUCAUGUAUGUGCAGAAGGCUGG